AUGACGAAAAGCCGUCUCGUGGCUGUCUCUCUCGGCGCAGAAGCAGUCGUCCGCCGCCCAAUCCUCACCCUUCAGCCUUUCCUUGCCCGAUUUAUUGGUGGUCUGGCGACGCUGCUCGUGUUGGCCAUAACCCUCUACGUCUGGGGCUCUCUUCUCAUCUCGAUCCGUGACGCUUUCCGCAUUUCUGCGUUCCCAGCGCCUAUUGGAGCAGUGGGCGUCUACAUCUUUGGACCUCUCUUUGCUAUGUUCGUAUAUGAUCUUAUCCGUCAGCAGGUCGCGGUUUUUCAGUAUUUACGAUGGCUGAGGGGUUCCGAGAACGAGGCGGACAGACGGUGGAAAAUAGCAGACCGUCUUCUCUCGUUCGACGAGUACAACAGUUCUUGA